AUGACGGUGACGGUGCGCCACGUGCUGUUUGUGCUUUCGCUCACGCUGUGCUGCGCCUGCGGGUGCGUGGCAGCGGUGCAGCAGAAUGAGGUGCUUGGCAUCAACGCCCAACUGCCCUCGCCGCUGCAUCCUCAGGUACUGAGCGAUAUUGAUGUUCCUGCAGAAUAUACCGCCGAGAAAAUGAAAAGUGAAGCUGACGAGGGAAUGCAAAUGAUUGCGAAAGCUUUGAAGAAGGCGCAGGAUGCCUCAGCUGAGGCUACGCGGCUGCAUACAAUGGCGAGUGACAGUAUUGAUGCCGCAGAGGCCAAGGGCUCCAGCACCAGUGGGGGAGCAGCAGGUUCCCUUGAAGCAGCUAAAGCGAAGGAUGUGCUCCAGCCUGCCCGCUCUGCGAAGAGUACUGUCGAUCGUGAAUUUAAAUUGCUGCAGGAAAUCAAUACGGAUGCGCAGUUGGCGCAUGACUGGGCGUUAGCCAAUCUGACAGAAGGGGAUGCAAAACGUGUGGAGGCGUUUAAACAAAUGCGAACAGUCCAAGCUUACGAGUGGACCGCUAUAAACAGAGUGAACACUCUUCUUCAGCAUGCUAAGACCGUUGUGGAUGCGUCGGUGGGAGCACUUAAGGAGCUGAGGAUUACUGAAGCCGCCAAGCCACUCCCUGAUGUGAUGGUGCCGCGAGUUCCGAAGCCGCCCGCCGACGUGCCUGGCGCUGGUGGUGUUCCGGGACUGGACGGCAGUGGGCCUCACAUGUGGGUGCGUGCAUCCCUGUUUCUUGUGGUUGCGGCAUAUGCUGCCGUGUGA